AUGUCUUCGACAUCUCCAAAGUGUGAUAAUAGUGCAUUAGUAGGUACAUCUGUUACACUUGGAUUUGUUAGUGGGAUAAUUCUUCCAAUAUGUAUCGCUCUGAUUUUUUAUUAUCGGCGUCAAGCAAAUAAAGGUUAUGAACAACAAUAUCCUGCUAGAACAACAACCCAAUCAGACCAAACUCCAAACCAAAGUUUUUUAAAUAGGGUUAAUAGUAAUAUGUUUAAAAAUCAAUGGAAUCAAAAUCCAGGAGCAGUAUAUGAUACAAAGGAGUAUAAAGCCCAAGAA